AUGCCGGAUUAGAGUAAGAAAGACUGUAUUAGUACUCAGUAGUAUCAAUGAAGUCGAAGAAGCAUAUAUAUAUAUAUAUAAAUUCUCUUCACAAACUUGUUUCAACUCCAAAAUCAUCUGGGUAUAUCUAUCUCCUUCCUCCACCCACCCAACAAGCUAGGAAUCUCAAACUUUACGUUUUUCAAACAUGGGGCCGGGGGAUGAUGGUCUUGUUCUAAGGGUGACGCUUUGUUUGCUCGUGACAUUGAUAUUCUCUUCUUUAACUUGUGUUUCUUCAUCAUCAUCAUCAUCAUCAUCAUCAUCCGAUGGGUUAAUACGGAUUGGUUUGAAAAGGCGAAACUUGGAUCUUCAAUCUAUGGAAGCUUCUAAAAUGGCAAAAAGACUAAAUGGAAAAUCUAUGGAUGCUGACAUAGUUUCACUGAAGAAUUACAUGGACGCUCAAUACUACGGAGAGAUUAGUAUUGGCGCUCCGGCUCAGACAUUUACUGUCAUUUUUGACACCGGCAGUUCUAAUCUCUGGAUUCCUUCUUCAAAGUGUUUUCUUUCUAUUGCUUGUUUGGUCCAUCCUAGGUACAAACACAAGCAGUCCAUUACAUAUAAAGAAAUUGGGGAUCAUGUUGCAAUACAUUAUGGAUCUGGAUCAGUUUCUGGAUUCCUCAGCCAAGAUAAUGUUAUAGUUGGUGAUCUUUUGAUCAAAAAUCAGAUUUUUAUGGAAGCCACCCGAGAGGGAAGUUUUACAUUCGUACUGGCAAAGUUCGAUGGGAUACUAGGUCUUGGAUUUCAAGAGAUAUCGGUCGGUGAUGUUGUCCCUGUUUGGUACAACAUGAUGAAUCAAGGUCUUGUCCACGAGAAAGUCUUCUCGUUUUGGCUUAAUCGGGAUCCAAGUUCUAAUGAAGGCGGUGAGCUAAUUUUUGGUGGAGUCGAUCCAAAACAUUUCAAAGGGAAACACACAUAUGUCCCAAUUACUCACAAGGGUUAUUGGCAGUUUGAGAUGGGUGACUUUCUUAUUGCCAGCCACUCAACAGGCUUCUGUCAGCAUGGAUGUGCUGCCAUUGUGGAUUCUGGGACGUCUUUACUUGCUGGUCCAACUUCUAUCGUGACUCAAAUCAACCAAGCAAUCGGAGCAGCGGGAGUUGUGAGUACAGAGUGUAAACAAAUAUUUAAUCAGUAUGGAGGAAUGAUAUGGGAUCUACUUGUUUCAGGGGUACGUGCUGACCAAGUAUGUGCAGAUAUUGGGCUCUGUAUUUCUACUCCUCCUCCAGCUCCUCCUGUAACUGUUACUGCUCACAACAACGAGAGUAGUACUAGUGGCAAUAAGAUUCAGAUGGUUGUGGAAGAAGAAGAAGAAGAAGAAGAGGCUCCAUUGGGAUCAGUUUCUGCUGUAAACGAUGCAUUUUGCUCGUCGUGUCAGAUGCUUGUUCUUUGGGUACAGAAUGAGCUGAGACAAAAGAAAACUAAGGAAUCUGUGUUUAGUUAUGUCAAUCAGCUUUGUGAGAGCUUGCCUAGUCCAAUGGGGGAAUCAGUAGUUGACUGUAAUACUUUAUCAACCUUGCCUACAAUCACCUUCACAAUAGGAGGGAAAUCCUUUGAUCUUACACCUGAACAGUAUAUUAUUAAAACCGGAGAAAAUCCUGUUACAAUUUGUAUUAGUGGAUUCAUUGCUUUGGACGUGUCUCCACCUCGCGGUCCUCUUUGGAUUCUCGGAGACAUUUUCAUGGGAGUGUAUCAUACAGUAUUUGACUAUGGAAAUCUCCAAGUGGGUUUUGCCCGGGCAGCUUAGCUUAGCUUAGCUUUCUAGGCUUUUCUGAUUUUAAUUAGCAAAGAAUGGUGGGGGGGUUUUCAAAAAUAAUCAUAUUAUAUUAUAGCAACUGUAAUGCGCAUUAUUAAGAACAAAAAUGAUAUCUUCUAAUUAUACGAAAUCUAAUCUACCACUUUUGUCAAAUAACAGUACUCGCCGCUUAUCCAUUGUUAAAAGUAAGUGAAUGAUAUUUGUUUAUUGGA